AUGAAUAUUCAGGAGGAGACUAAGCUCACCCUUGCUCUUCCCGGUUCCACCAAAUCAACGACACCUUCAGCACUCACAAAACGUGCCUUCUCCACUACCCUUGAUCUUCAUCUUGGCACCAAACAUGUGGUGGGAUGGCCACCGGUGAGAGGAAACAGAAAGAAAAUUGCCAUGAAAACUUGCAAGUACGUCAAAGUUGCGGUUGACGGAGCUCCAUAUCUAAGAAAAAUAGAUCUCGAAAUUUAUAACGGUUACGACCAUCUUCUCAGAGCAUUGGAUACCAUGUUUGUGAGUACUAAGUCUAAUUUGAUGAACGAGAAGAAAUACAUGCUUACCUAUGAGGACAAAGAUGGUGACUGGAUGUUGCUUGGAGAUGUACCCUGGAAAAUGUUUGUUGAAUCAUGCAAGAGAAUAAGGCUUAUGGUUAGAAUGGAGGAUACUACUAGUUGA